AUGACAGAUGAUUCUAACAAAUCCUCUACAUCCUCCGUGAAGGCAGCUAAUGGAUGGGCGGAUUUCGCUGGACGAUCCACCUGUGCAGCUGUGACUCACCUCGGUGACAAAUCGAAUCCCGUGCCGGUCAAAAUCAUUUGGAAGAUCACACUGGUCGUCGGAAUCCUUCUCACGGCUGUCUCCACCUACUUCUCGACUCUGUCUUUCAUAAACAUGGCAGGCAACAGCGAAAUGCUCCUGCAAACAGAUACAGUCAAUUGGUUCGAGCAUCCCAAGUACCACAUUUGCACUUCCAGCACCUUCAAUCUCACAAUCCUAGCGGAAAUGGGAUUUGUCGAUACCGAAAUGAUCUCGUAUUUGAUACUCUCUACAUCACUCUUUGUCGUUUCGCCGGCUCUUCUUCAGGAUGAGCAACGACAGCGGCAGCUGGAAACCAAGUUCAACAACAUACUCGCUAAAAAUGAUGUCAAAGAUGUCAACGAAAUCAUCCAACGGGCUCUACUCAGAUGCGAAGACAUAAUUGCUGGUUGUAUCUCACCUGGUGUUUAUGCGGACAGCGUCGAUUGCUGUGCCAAAUUCUUUCCAUCGGGCAGUUUCGUGUCCACAACUGGCGCUUGUGUCACAACUCUUUCAGCUCCACCCAUGUUUCAGCACAUCCCUUCCAUGACGUUCGGCUUUAUCGUCUUCGUGAGGGAUUCCAGGGAUUUCCGAGCACUGGAUAAUUCUGUCGUCAAUCCGAUCCUGGCUAAUCAGAAGGGUAUUACAUUUUCGGCCAAUGACAAGUGGACUGAUCCUUCUGUGGCGCUUCUCAAAGAGAAACACUACACCCGCAUAGGACUCUGGACUUCGUUGGCAAUUUCCAAAACAAUAAUUAACGACGAGGAAGUGGCGAAAUCAAUGCUAGCCACGAAGAUGUGUGCCACCCGGGACAAACUGGAUCGCUACCAACAUUUGGUGCCCGGGUUUGAUAAGUACACGGAAUGCAAUUGCAAAUACGCGUUCCACCAGAAGCGUGUAAUCAAAGCUGUCAACUGCUACCUUGUGACUAUACCUUAUAAAGGCAUUUAA